UAACCAACAUAAUUUACCCAUAUAGUGCGGUUUAAGGCAUACACUGCUCUUUUUUUGCCCACAUAUCGAUACCAUCCCAUCUUUAUCCAACAGCCUUCGUUUCUCGUAUCUAGGCACCUCUCGCAACUAUACCCCGCCCACCGCUUUCAAAGGCACAGAAGCUACCAUCCAGGUCCUUUCAUUAAACCCUGAUUCCGCCAUGUCAGGGAGCACUUCAGCCAAACUCUCAUCAAAGUACAAAGCGUUAGACCAAUUCUCCUUGCUAUUAAAAUUGUGCACCUCAGAUCUCAUGACUAACUUUUGUUACUAGAUUUAUGUUUGACGGAACAGUCACGUUGUAUGUCGGCCGAGAUCGCAAAAAAAUGGAGAUACAUAAAAAACUCUUUGCGAGCAUAUCCCCAGAACUCGACAAGCACGUGAAUAACGACAUGAAAGAGGGCGCCGAAGGCAUAAUAUACUUUCCGGACGAGGGGGAAUUUGCUCUCACGCUUUUUUCAGAGUGGGCAUACACUAGAGGAUACACCAUUGUGGACAGUACACCUGUUGUCAAAACCCCAGUUCCACAGAGCAGCAACCCUCCGUUCGGCGGCCCCCCUGCACACGGCGGCUACUUAGAAGUAAAGGCGGAUCCAUGGCCCAGUCUUCGCACGCAUCUUGAGCUCUACGCUUUCUCGGACAAAUUUAACAUACCCACCUUAAAGCUGCUCGCAAAGUCGAAAUUCUCCACGGAGAUGAACCUCGUUGACCUGAAGGGCAAGACUGAUGCGGACGGCCUGACUUCAAUUAUAGAGUAUGCAUACAACAACCUCCCGGACUCAGACCCGAUCCAGAAAUUCCUGGCACAAUUCGUUUCUUGGACACUGGAGUUGCUUCAGGAGAGAGACGAAUUUAUUAAAUUCAUCUCCACUCAGCCGGAGUUUAUAAAGGAUUUGCUUGUGAAUUUGAAAGGUCUAGCAGCUAGGCCAACCUUGGCUUGAUGGCGAGGGUCUGGGAAUUACCGCUACGAGUUCUUGAUCUUCAUUUAUUUACUGUAAUAAGACACCUUGUACUCUUGCAGCGGGUCUACUGCAUCUCUUGUAUAAUUCACACAAUCGCAAGAAUUGGCGUCGUCUCCACAGCGCCCACGCCUCUAGCCUGUCAUACAGCAGAAACUUGUCCCACCCUAUCCUUUGCCUUCAUAUAUUCUCUCCCGUUACCCUAGUCAAAAUGCCCAACAAUUGAAAUCAACGAUCUAUGCCGUAAUCAAUAGUACGAUGCCCCCCAAAAUUAUAUUUUCCAACCUAAAGCUUCGCACUAUAAGACCCUCUCCUUAGGAAUAGCAAAUUCUAUUUCUAUGAUUUCUGCACCGAAAAAGAGCCCAAUUUUCCUGUUGUGAUAUGCCCUAUAACUCGCACCGUCCCCCUAACUCUGGGCUAAGAAUCCCCCCUACAUCCAAAACGCCGCUCGCCCAGGCCUUAUAAACCAUACUACAUCUUCCGCAGGAGAAAUUGGACAAAAGUCCAGGACCUGUUCUACCGUGAGGUUAGAUUCAAUGUAUCAUUACUCAUUCGGUAAGAGAUGAGUAGAUGCUACUAGUGUCAUAAUAUUAUGGAAUUUCUUUUCUAGGGAUUAUCGCCGCGUCAGCCGGGGGUUUGCCUCAUAAUCUAUGAAUGCAUAAUACCAGCUGUGUAAAAGUGCAGUGAGUAUGAGACCAUCGACCGCGAUACCCCGCUUCGUUCUCGGCAUACAAUGGCGGUCACACUAUUGCCCGAGCCAAGAUAGUUACGAUCAGGCAACAUAAUUCGUCAACACCCUAACAACUAUGGCUGGAUUCACAAGAGAAGCGAAUAGACAGGUGGACAAACCGGGAGGGGUUUCCCCCCCCCCUAUAAAAUGACGGUGCAGCCAACUAAAUUCACUACCUCCUAGAAUCGCUAUCUAAACGGUCCGUGGACUCAUCUUCUCCCCUUUCCGUCAGUCACCUACACUAGCUAACUCCCGAGAAAUUUAGGUCAGGGCAAUUACUGCGAUGCCACAAACCUUUGAGAAGCGGGAGAAAGUAGAAGUGAAAAAAAAGCCAGUUUUUUUUAUCUUAGGCAUGUCUCGGGCUAUUAUGAUGGCAUUAUGUUUUCUUGUACAAGUACAGCAGAUCAAGCCGCAGUCACUAGAACCGCCAUUUGUUUCUCAAGAAAUAGGACACCAAUGAUGCAACCAAGUACAACCAACAAAGAGACUUUGACAGUGGAGUAGAACCCCUCUCAAAGAAAGCCAAAUACCUGGGAAACUCCUACUGGGGUAACUAAGACAACGCGGGCCAAUCUAUCUGCUCAGAGUUCUGAUAAAUUAGCUUGUUUUGUUGAUCCCAAGUUUCACUGCCAUAUUGAGGGUACCCGGGUUAUCUAUCAUGUUUUGAUUUGGUAUGACAAAGGAGCUAUUGUAAAUUGACUAUAAAGACAAGAUAAGAGAGCGACGAUAGUGAUAAGUGAAAGCCUGAUUGAUUCUCAUAAAGCAAAAAAGGAAAAACAUUGUGCUUUUAUCCUAAGAUAAUGAAACAUAAAAGACGACUAGAAAAACUUUUCCUCCACAUGAUACAGGCUACUGAUAGUCGGUAACAAGAGUGUCCCAGAUGUUGUUGAUGAGACAAAACAGAAACAAGAACUAAUGCAGGAUAGACAAGUAAAACAAUAACAGAAUCAAUGGCUGCAUCGACAGGUUUCAACAUCAUGGUGAGGAACCCUUCUACUGUACGGUACUAUACCCUAGCACUUGGGUAUUUAAAGUUAAAAGAUGAUUUUACAGUAACAAGUAAAGGUAGGAAGUUGCAUAAGGUAACUUUCUGGUAUUAGCCAAUCAGAUCCUCAUGUUUUAGGUACCAUAUUUGAAUGCCCCAAGGAAACUGAAGGUAAAGUACAGAGGUUACGACAAAACUUUCAAGUUACCAAGAUCAUAAGAACCCUGCCUAUUAACAAAAAGUCAAAAUUAAGAGAUUUUUACCAGUAAGGGUAUAUAAUUAUUUCUAGAGCAUGCUAUAAUAUUUCCUAGAACUUAAAUUCAAUUUUUUAAUUAUUUUUUUCUUCAUGAUAUCGCUAUUUAUCAUUUUAGAAAUCUGGUAAAGUUGUAUUAAACUAAGUUUGAUAUUGAUUACAGACCCCCAGACCUCUGUACCUACAUACCAG